AGUUGAACAGGGGAAAUAUUUGGCUCCUGUUGUUGUUGGAACAACCGCAGCCUUAUACCUCUCUUACAAGAUUUUAUAUACCUUACUUCACAAAACAAAUACGUAUAUUAAAGAAAUUCCAGUACCUAGCUCUGCUUAUCCUUAUGUAGGACAUAUGUUUUCUCUGGGAGAUAUGCCGGCUGAAAAAGUUUCGGAAUGGCAUAAAGAGCUUGGUCCAAUUAUUAAAUUUCAUAUGGGUGUUCAAACUUGAGUCUCGAUUGACAGUCCGGAAUUGGCGCACAAAGUCAUGGUGACAAACGGCAGUAAAACCUCGCAUAGAACUGAAAAUGGAUUCUUAUUUGAAAUGUAUAGUUUUGGGGGAAUGGGAGUUGUGCACUCACAACCAAAUGCUUCCUGGAAGAAGGUAAGAGCAGCAGUUUCUGCAGCUAUUGCGCCUUCGCAAAUUGAGCUUUACAUGGAUUCCAUCAGAUACCAAGCAAAACAAUUGGUCGAUACACUUAUGGAUACAUCUGACAAGACUAAAGGAGGUAUCUUUCCUUUUAAGGAUUUGCAAUUGUAUGUAAUGAACACUGUCACAUCAAUUGCAUUUGGAAGAACUUUUUCUACUAAAGACGACCCAACGUUCAUCGAGGUAUCUGGAACAAUUGAUGAAGGAUUUAAGCUUAGUGGUGUAGACUAUGAUUUGGCCAGUGCUCGGAAAAUUCCCAGUCGACAUUUGACCGAAAGACGCGAUCCUGUCUUUGGAAACUUGAUUAAAAAAGCACAUCAUGCCAAUGGACCAAACCUUGUUAAAUAUUUAAAAGAAAAUGGCUACGAGUUAUCUGAGAAAGAGACUCUAGUUGUCUUUUCGGAUUUAACAUCAUCAGGAACAGACACAAAUUCAGUAUAUUUAUGCUGGACAAUCGCCAUCAUGUGCAACCAUCGUGAGGUUCAGAAAAAAAUAGCUGCUGAAAUUGAUGACUUUAUUGCACGGAAUGGUCGUCUGCCUCUUUAUAGUGAAAGACUGGAGUUACCUUUUUGUAUCUCUGCUAUGAAGGAAUGUAUGAGAUACAAGCCUAUCACAACAUUUGGUAUUCCUCACUUCUCAAUCGAAGAGAUUGAAGUUGAUGGGUACAUUAUUCCUAAGGGCGUUACUAUAACCUCCAACAUGAUGAGUAUGCACAAGAAUUCGGAAUUCUACCCCGAUAGGCCUGACGAAUUUGUCCCUGAAAGAUUUAUGAAUGCUCUAGAAAUGACAGAUGCUGCUUCUAAGGGUAAAGUAGAAGACCGUGAUCAUUUUAAUUUUGGAUGGGAAAGACGUAUUUGCCCUGCAAUCCAUAUGGCUGAAGUAGAAACGUUUAUUGGAUUUGUUGAACUUAUGUCUCAAUGUUUUAUUGAAACUGGAGAGGAUGGUAUGCCUAGGAUUGACAAAGCUGAAAACGGGGGUCUUACCAUUAUACCAUCUCCCUACAAAGUCAAAUUUACGAAGCGCAAAAAUCAAAUUUGAUCAGUCUAAAGAAAAAUUACUAAAGCAUAAAUAAAGAGCGUAUUUUAUUAUUAUUGCGGGAAUCUAUAUUAGUGUAAGCGCAAAAUUAGUGAAAAAUUACGCUAAACUCAUUAUUUUCUAGCAUUAAAUUCCUAUAAGCGUGUAUCAAUAAAUCUGUUAUCUUAUC